GUUUUCUCCGUCUUCAUUCAGAGUGCUCUCUGACUGCGGUGGACAGUUCAUGUGUUGAGGUUAUAAAGGUGUUAUCUCCACCACGCCGAGCUGUUUCUGUUGCCUCAUCUCAACUCACUUCUCCUCCGAGCUGCGGAUCGUGUCAGCGCAGCAACAGCGGCGGCAGCAGCAGCAGCACUAGGCUAGGCUAAGCUAAGCUAGGCUAGGCUAGGCCUGAAUCCACCUCUUAUGGACUUUGAAAAACAAGCCUAACAGUCUCCAGAACCGCGUGUGAAUGGAGCAGUGUGCGAGUACGGCCUCCCUGCUGGCCUCGGUGCGGGAGCAGGAGAGGCAGUUUGAGAUGCUGAGCCGAGCUCUGGAGGAGGAGCGGAGGUCGUGUGCCGGCACCCUGCCCCGCCCCCUCCCCAACAUGCAGAACGGCCGCAUUCCUUGUGAUGCAGACAUAGAGAGGCUGACACUGAACGAGGGUUACAUCAACGGGACACAUCAUUUCAGGAUGGAGCCUGGUCAGGUGGUGCAGGAGACAUACACGGUGGAGGAAGAUCCCCAGGAGGCGCCACCUGUUGUCUCUGUAGAGACCAGUGAAGAUGGGACCACGCGGCGCACAGAAACCACGGUAAAGAAAGUGGUAAAGACCACCACCACUCGCACAGUCAUCCCCUCCGUGUCAGACACACUUUCCCUGGAUGGUGGGGGUUCAGUGACAGGUAUGGGGGGCUACAAUGCACCCGUGGUCUACAGACAGGCACCCGGGGGUGUCGUGCCCAUGGACUACCCCACUCACACCGUGCCCAUGGACUACCCCACUCACACCGUGCCCCGCAACUACCACUACGCACCGCCAGGGGGCUACGACGACUACCGCACUGGACCCUCAACUGAUGCCUACGCUAGCCUUAGCAGGGGAGCUCGCAUGGAUGAUCGCUACAGACCGGUUCAUCCAGAUGGUUACAGAACUCUGGAUCCAAGCUACAGAGCCCCCAGCAGGAACCAACUGGACCCCUAUGCUGCUCAGCCACAGGUGGGGCGUAUGGGAAGUGCCAUGGAGCUAUCCUCAAUCCAGAGGUUUGUCCCAGAACCGUACGGUCUGGAGGAUGACCAGCGCAGCAUGGGCUAUGAUGAGCCUGACUAUGGCAUGGGACACCCAAUGCACUACAGCACUGUACCCCGCAACCUUCAUGGGUUCCCUCAUGGGCCCCCACGCAGGACUGGGAGUUACGAGGGUACCUUGGAUGGUGACAUGAGCGGCCCAGGGGACAUGUACUAUUGGGGAGGAGGAGCGCCACUGGCCCAGGGUGAAAGAGGCAGCAUGGCUUCAUUGGACAGCACUCUAAGGAAAGCUCCCGGCCCCGGCCCCGGCGGCUGGCGUCAACCGGAGCUGCCAGAGGUCAUCGCCAUGCUGAACUACAGGCUGGACCCCGUCAGGAGCAACGCAGCUGCAUACCUGCAGCAUCUCACCUACAAGAAUGAUAAAGUGAAGUGCGAUGUGCGUCGACUGAAAGGAAUCCCAGCUCUGGUCUGUAUGCUUGACAACCCAAACAAAGAGGUUCACUACGCAGCCUGUGGAGCGCUAAAGAACAUCUCGUAUGGAAAAGAUCAAGACAACAAGAUCGCCAUCAAGAACUGUGACGGGGUGCCUGCUCUGGUCAGGCUGCUGAGGAAGACCCGUGACCAGGACCUCACUGACACCAUCACAGGGACGCUGUGGAACCUGUCGUCCCACGACUCUGUGAAAAUGGAGAUCGUGGACCAUGCACUGCACGCCCUCUCCGACGAGGUGAUGGUGCCCCAUUCAGGCUGGGAGCGAGGGAGCAACGGAGCAGGAGGAGGGGAGGAGAACUGCAAGCCCAGACAUCUUGAGUGGGAGACGGCCCUCACCAACACAGCAGGCUGCCUGAGAAAUGUGAGUUCAGAGCGAAGCGAGGCAAGGAGGAAGCUGAGGGAGUGCACAGGAUUGGUCGACUCGCUCAUGUACAUUGUCCAAUCCCAGAUUGACUGUAAAGACGUUGACAAUAAGUUGAUAGAGAACAGCGUGUGCCUGCUGAGGAACUUGUCCUAUCAGGUGCAUCGUGAAAUCCCCGGCUAUGAGCGCUACCAGGAGGCCGCGCCCCUCAACCAGGGCCCCGCCCCCUCCAGCCAGAAGGGGGGCUGCUUCAGCUCUCGCAAGAGCAAAGAUGAGUGGUUUUCCAAAGGUAGGAAAGAAGAGGAUGCAGCUGCAGACAUAAUAGACAUUCCAAAGAGGACCACACCUGCUAAAGGCUAUGAGCUGCUGUACCAGCCGGAGGUGGUCCGCAUCUAUACCUCUCUGCUAAAGGAGUCCAAGAACCCCACCGUGCUGGAAGCCUCGGCUGGAGCCGUUCAGAAUCUGUGUGCCGGACGCUGGACUUAUGGGCGAUACAUCCGUGCCUUGCUGCGCCAGGAGAAGGGUCUGCCCAUGAUGACUGAGCUGCUGGCCCACGGCAAUGACCGCGUGGUCCGCGCCAUGUCUGGAGCCCUUCGCAACAUGGCCAUUGACGCACGCAACAGAGAUCUACUAGGCAAACAUGCGGUGCCUCACCUGGUGGCCAACCUGCCCGGCGGUGGUCAGAGUCAGCCGGUGCGAGCGCUGUCGGAAGAGACGGUGGUGUCGGUAUUGAGCACGCUCCACGAGGUGCUGGGCUCCAGCAUGGAAGCAGCCAAGACCCUCAGGGCCUCGCAGGGAAUAGAGAGACUGGUGCUCAUUAACAAGGACGGUAAUCGCUCUGAGCGGGAGGUGCGUGGGGCCGGCCUGGUGCUGCAGACAGUGUGGGGCUACAAGGAGCUGCGGCGCACUUUGGAGAAGGACGGCUGGAAGAAGACGGACUUCAUGGUCAACCUAAACCCCCCCAGCAACAACACCAGGGCCAACGGAGGAUAUGAGGACAGCACUCUGCCGCUCAUAGACAAAGGGGGCAAAGGGGACCGGGAAAUGAUUCCAAUGAAUGACUUGGGACCAGAUGCCUACUCCACACUGGACCAGAGAGGUAGAAGGAACACUCUGGAUAACACACUCGAUCCUGCUGACAAAGAUGCAGUACAGGGAGGGAUGUAUGGGGAGAGGCAGGCCUCUUUGCCUCUAAUGGAUUCUUACGAUGAAAAACUGAUUGUGUGCAUCACAAGACGACAGCCUCCUCCCACCUACUGCCCUUGCUGAACUGACAAUGGGGGACCACUACACUACCGAUGGGACUAAAACUCCAUCCUUAAAACUCAACUCUUUUGUCCCUCUUCACUCUUUUGCAGCUUUCUCUUCUGUCUCUCUUUCCUUUUUGUUACAUUCCUCCUUUGCAGCAGACAAACUAAUGAAACCACACAGGAAAAAAAAAAACUGACGUGGAUCUACGCUCCCUGUGGAAAACUGGACGAGACGCUAUGACCACUUUGUGCUCUGCGAGUCCCUGAACUCUUAA